GUUUGGCCUUCACUGGGGGCGGGCGGAGCGGAGGCUGCUGCUGGGCGGGGAGCAAAGAGCAAUGCCUCUGUACCAUAUUACUUCAGGCUCACAACCAUCAGUUGUACUUCCCUAUGACAUAGGUGUUAUUAAGAAGCCUCACUUCCAUUGCUUCCAAACAAGGACUGCUCCUCAUGAAAGUGUAUUGAAACAUAUUGACAAAUAACCUGCAUGAUAUUUAAAAUGAGAUGUUUCUGACCAUUGAACUCCGGCUCUAAGGUGAAAUAAAACACGUUCCCUUGGAGAAAUUAAUUUGGGUACUUUUUUGCUAAAAAUCUCUUAACUGUUAAAAGGUCUUAACAAAGUUAAGAUAGGUCUCAUAUAGGAAUGUUUUUGGUUACUUUGUGCUUUGGAACUUAUUAACAUUUUCAGGCAUCUUCACUCUCUUCAGAAGACUUCAUAAUGGAAUCUAUGAGUUCUCUAAAAACUAGAGUGGAACAAAAGUAAGACAAAUCUUAUUCUGCAGCCAUGAAAUUUCUACUGAUUUUUGACUUUGACCAUACAAUCAUAGAUGACAAUAGUGACACCUGGAUUGUGAGAUGUGCUCCUGAGAAAAAUCUUCCCAAUGAACUAAAAGAUUCUUAUGAAAAAGGAAAGUGGAACGAAUAUAUGGGCAGAGUCUUUAAAUAUUUAGGAGAUAAAGGAAUAAGGGAAUAUGAAAUGAAAAGAACUAUGACAGAAAUACCUUUUACUGAAGGAAUGAUAGAGCUUAUAAACUUUGUUGGAAAGAAUAAAGAUAUUUUUGACUGUAUAAUCAUUUCAGAUUCAAAUAGAGUUUUCAUAGAUUGGAUUUUAGAAGCUGCCAAAGUUCGUGAUCUGUUUGAUGAAGUGUUUACAAACCCAGCAGCUUUCAAUGACAAUGGUUAUCUUAUUCUGGAAGGUGUUCAUGUUCAUAAUUGUGAUAAGUGCCCAAAGAAUCUCUGUAAAAAAAAAGUUAUGGUAGAAUUUAUAGAUAAACAAUUACAAAAGGGAGUGAAAUACACCCAAAUUAUUUACCUGGGUGAUGGUGAGAAUGAUUUCUGUCCAAUAACUUCUCUAACGAAGAAUGAUGUUGCUAUGCCUCGCAAAGGAUAUUCUUUAUAUAAUUUGAUUUCUGACAUGCCUCAAGAUGCUUCUCUGGAACCUUCUAUUGUAAUUUGGUCAUCAGCCUCUGAAAUACUUUCUCAUUUGAAAUUACUUACAAAGGAAUGAUUUAUAACAAAAUUGGAGAUAGAUUAAAUGAAUAAGAAGCUUAUACUUAAAUUUUAUAUAGUAGCAGAAAAAGUAGUUGUUAUAUUCUAAAGGAAUAUAUGCAAUAACAAUAUAUCCCAAAUUUAAUACUUUCCUUUUGAGAUGAAAUGCAAAAAAGUGUGAUUUUUUAAAAAAUGGUACUAAUUCACUUCAUAAAAUCUCAUUUAUUAUUUUACAGGGAAUAGGUUUAUUCACUGUACAUAUGAUUCUUGUCAAUGUAAUCUCCAGCAACAGAACUUAAAAUUCUUAAGAAUAUUCAUUAGCACAGGGCAUGUUAUAGUAACUUUUUUAGAGGAUUGUGCCAUUGAAAUAAAGUCUUACUGACACUAUUAUACCAAAACAUGUUAAUUUUAAGGAUCUAAUUUUUAGGUUUAAAUGUCCAGCAUGUAAUUACUCUUCUGGUUUUUAUUCCAAAUUAUUAAUAGAGGCCCUUAGCCCCUAAAAGAUGUACUUAGCAUAAUUUAAUGUGGAAAAAAUGUGUACCAUUUAUUCAGUUAUUUUGUAAAUGUAAAACAUAAAUAAACACAUCUCAUUUACCUUUA